CAUAACACACAAACAAAACCAAAAAACACAAACCUUUUUUCUUCUCUUCCCUUCCAUUAAAUCAGAACCAUAAAAACUUCCCAUAUGGCCAGUCCACAAAACGUCACCGUUCCAUCCUACUAUAUAAACGACAACCUCGGAGACGAUGAACUUCGGGCCGUACUAUCUCGUCUUUCAAACGAUAAAGACAAGGAAGUAUUCGGGCUUGUAUGUAAACGAUGGCUUUAUAUUCAAAGUACUGAAAGGAAAAAACUUUGUGUUCGGGCCGGGCCUCAUAUGCUCCGCAAAAUUGCGGCCCGAUUCACUAGAUUAAAUGAACUUGAUUUAUCUCAGUCAGUUUCUAGAUCCUUCUAUCCUGGUGUAACUGAUUCUGAUCUUAAAGUUAUUGCUACUUCUUUUGAUUGCUUACGUGUCCUCAAUCUUCAGCACUGUAAAGGCAUAACAGACAAUGGAUUGGCAGCAAUUGGAUCGAGUCUCUCUUCUUUACAGUCCUUAGACGUAUCCUACUGCAGAAAGAUCACAGACAAGGGGCUCUCAGCUGUUGCUGAGGGGUGUCGUGACUUGAGAACCUUGCAUCUUGCUGGUUGUAGAUUUGUCUCAGAUUUAUUAAUGAAAGCUCUCUCCAAGAAUUGCCAUAAUGUAGAAGAGCUAGGUUUGCAAGGAUGCACCAACAUUACCGACUCAGGUGUCUCUGUUCUGGUUGAAGGUUGCCCAAGGAUAAAACAUUUGGACAUUAACAAAUGCAGCAAUAUUGGUGAUAUUGGGAUAUCUAGCGUGUCCGGAGUUUGUUCAUUGACACUUAAGACAUUGAAGUUGUUGGAUUGCUACAAAGUUGGCGAUGACUCCAUCUUAUCCUUGGCCAACUACUGCAAAAAUCUUGAGACACUCGUUAUUGGUGGUUGUCGUAACAUAUCAGAUGAGUCCAUGAAGUCACUGGCUGCUGCUUGUAGUAAUAGCCUAAUGAAACUGAGGAUGGAUUGGUGCUUGAAUAUUACCGACUCUUCAUUGGACUGCAUCAUUUCCAAAUGCAGAAAGCUUGAGGUUCUUGACAUUGGCUGCUGUGAGGAGGUAACUGAUGCUGCAUUUCAACAAUUAGGAAGUGAAAACUUUAUGUUGGGGAUGAAGAUUUUGAAGGUCAGUAACUGUCCAAAGAUCACUGUUGAAGGAAUUAAGAAGCUUCUGAAGUCAUGUGAGUAUCUUGAAUAUCUAGACGUACGGUCUUGUCCCCUUAUCACUAAAGCAGGGUGCGAGGAGGCUGGAAUUCAGUUUCCUAAAUCCUGCAAAAUAAACUUCACUGGAAGCUUAGCAGAGCCAGAUGUGUUACUUUGAGCAGUACUUGAUUAAGCAAUGUCUUUGAAGGCCUGAUGUCAGUUCUUUGUUCCCAUUAUUUGCCUUUUGUUAAGCAUCAAGUUUUUCAUUGUAGAUUAUUUCUUUGCCUUUCAGUUAUUUGAUACCAAACUCCUGUGUAUCAUCCUUGUAAAUUACUAGUAGGCCCCAUUGUUUGCUGUAGGUGUUUUCACAUUGUGAAUGAAAUGAAGUCCAUUGUUCCUA